ACAGCAAGAAAUACAACUUGUACCUCUUUUUCAUCAACACCAAUAUUACCAGAUCAUACUAGCUUUGCAGCUACUAGCUCCGCAACCACGAGGACCAACUUCAAUUCUCGCGUUGGAGACGAAGGGCCUCUGGACGAGAUGGGCAUAAUCCAAGAGUCUGUACAAGUUCAAGUCGAGCCACCUGUUAUCAUGCCGAAUCCAGUGCAGGAGAAUGCUGACACUUUAUGGCUCUUUAUUAAAACAUCUAUACCCGCCGAUGGGGUGCACUACUACUGAUACUACUAAGUAGAUAAUCUGUUGUGUCUAGUAUGCUGAGUUCAACACUUGUUUAUGAGUAGCGCAUAUUCAGACGUUUUACUUUACCAACUAGUAACUCUAAUUGGUUGAAUGAAAACUACUUUUUACAAGAACUAGAGCCUGUAAUAGAAAAGCUCGUUCUCGACUGAGAAGUCAAGACAAAUUUUUUGAGAGAAAAUCAAGUGAUUCACUUCGAACAGCAUUUUUAUCGAUUAUCACUAUUACGACGACCAUCAGGUUAACAGCUAUGCUCCUUGCAUACUAAUCACCAUCACGAGCAUGCUAAGCUUAUAACAAGGGUUAUGGGUAUGCUCCUAGAAGUAAGCUAUUAAAGCUAUCACGAUCACACCAGCACCAGCACCACCCUCGUCACCCUCUAAUCCCAACUGCUGAACAUGCUCGAACGAAUGCAGACCGUGGUGGACCUGUGGAUGCGCAUGGCCAAGUCUUCACAUCUAAGCUUCUUGGUGAAAAGCAAGCAUGGCAGGAGAACGAAGUCGCAGAGAAGAGGAAGAUAUUAUGGUGUAAGUACUAGGUACAACUGGUACUGGUUGGCCUCACAAGUAGACACUAAUAGCUACAAAAGAGGAAGAUCUUAUGGUGUAAGUACUAGGUACAAUUUAGUCUGCCAUAGGCGUUACUCACGCCCGAAGCAGUCGGUCUUUUUUUAGCUGCCGCGUCUCUACUCGGGUCGCUACGGAACCAGGCAGCUUUGAGUGAGUUGCUACGUGGUUCGAAUGAAUGAGUGGUGGAUCUUGUAGACUUUCACCAUCCUCCUUUUCUAUGAUCUUUUUUGAUCAAAGAAGUGGUCCUCUAGUACCUCUACUAGUACCUCUACUUCUUCUAAAGAUAGCAGACUUUUCACAGCGUAUGCGGUCGCUGAUGCACGUGGACGGCGAGCUCAAUGAAGCACAGAUUCGAAAGGAACUAGAAGAAAUGUUGUAAAAAAAAGUGAUGUGGUUCUUAUAGUCAUCAUGAUUCUCUACAUCUGCGGUGAAUGAAUUCUGAUUAAACCUGAACAAUGAUCUCAUUCCGUCAUAACUGAUUCCUCUCAGCGGAAAAGGUUACAUUCCGUCAUAACUGAUUCCUUUAUGGGUUUUUUUCUGAAAGUUAAAGCUACUUUCUUAUAUGAUGAAUCCUUUAUGUUGAC